AUGCCGUCCUCCCGGCCAAAAGGUCGGAACGGCGUGUCCCCACCAGCACUGUCCAUGACGCAGCUGUACCCGCACCACGAGGACACUUCCGCCGGCUCGGCGUCUGCUGGGCCGUCCCCGCUCACAACGCGUUUCGACCCCAGCGACCUCCACCCACCCACAGGACACGGAGGGAGCAGCCCAGGAGGAACAUCACUCGGUCCAGUGCUUCAAGAGCACAUGAUGAUGUCCCCGCUCGACGACCCCGAUAUGAACGCAAUGGCGGCGCUCAAGGGGUUCAUGUCCGGUCGCGAGGACGACACUUCCUCGAUGGGCUCUCACUUGCUCGUCAGUCCCGGCCACUCACCUCCAGCACUGCCCACCAACGGACUCGGCCUCGCCGACACGGAUGCGAUUAGCCCCUUUGCCUCUGGGCCCGGCGCCGACGACCCGGGGCUACCGCCCUCGCUCACCCACUCGUCCUCGUCCGACGCCUACUACCCGGGAGUCGUCAUGGGCUCCGCUGGGCUGGGGUUUGACGACGUCAAGUUUGACGACGAGACCAUGGCAGACAUCAUGGACCCCGUUGCCGCCUCGAGCUCUCACCAAGGCCAUGCCAACCCUGCCGGUGCCAACAUUGCCCCCUGGCUCCAAGAGGACGUACCACCACCAGCAGCGGCGCGCGAGGACACCAUGACAUCGUCCAGUUGCGAGACACCCACGCCGCCCAGCACGGGAGCGCCGUCGUUGGUCAUGCACGAGGCAUCGGGCUCUGGGUCGAACAAAAAGGACAAGCACGACAAGAAGAAGCACCACUUUCCCUCGGUCCCGUCAUUGCCGCGGUUACGGAACCGACACCACUCGAGCCACCAGACCAACCAGGACGACGAUGCAGCCAGCUUCCACACCGGUCGGGGAUCGGCAGCAGCGUCGUUGCGGUCAUCGUCGACGUCUAGCUUGAUCCCAGAUGGCAACGUGACACCCACGUCGAGUCGUGCGCGUUCAAUCAAGGGCGAGCUGUCAGACGCGUUCCCAACUCCGCCGAUGCCUGAGCGCCAUGCCAGUCUUGCCGUCUCCAGUUCCAGCUCAGACUAUCAACAGCGCCAACGCUUUGGCAGCACGGCGUCGGGCAUGAGUAUGAGCUCCACCACCAGUUCAACGUCGGGUUACGGCGGCCCGCCAGAGAAGAAGAAGAGCAUCUUUGGCAACCUCUUGAGACGAGGGACGCGCCAGUCGAGUGUCUCUCAUACUGGAUUCCCCGGUCAACACCCCGACUUUAACCCUCUACCCCCUCACCGCAGCACGACGACGGGCAACAUGCCCAACAGUCGCGUAUCAGUCUCGACCACGGGCUCGUUUAUGCGCAACCAGAGCGUCUCGUCUCAGGGCAGCGGCUACAGCCCCUUCUCAUCACCACUUUCACCCCUCACCAGUAGCCGCCAGUUUAGCUUUGCAAAGUCGAAUGACGGCACAAUCUCGCCAUUACAGGAGAGCCCCGAGAACGAGUCCCCCGGCGAGCCAGCCGAACCAGAGUUCAACCUGGAUCUCAGCGACAUGAGCGGCAUUAUCGACCCGGAAAUCGCCAACGCGCCACGACCGUCCCAGACCCCUCCCACAGAGGACGGUGCUGGGCCCAUGGGCCUCGCAGACGCGCUGCACCACACAAGCAGCUUUGCAGAGGGCACGGCCACACCUGUGGGAGGAAGGCAGAUUGUCGAGCUCGCACAGCGUGGCCCAGACUUUUCACAGCCGCGCGCCUACACGCCUCCGGCCCGCUCGUCAGCUGGCUCGGACACUGUCCCUUCGUCGCCGUUCAACGUGUCCCCCAAGCAGUCGAUUCCGAGCAACUUUAUCAACGCGCCGCGCCGACCAUCGCAGCUGCGCAACGUCAAGAUGAGCUCGAUCGACUCGCAGUCGAGCGAGAACUCGUCGGGCUUGAGUGGGCCCAUUGCGCCGUCGUGGGCUCAGCACAUGACAGGCGCAGGGUCCAUGAUGUUCAACGAUCCGUUCAGCCGCGGCACGGCCAGUACCGAGGGUGCACCUGUCUCCCCCUCACGCGCUGGGGCCGGCAGCGGCAGUGUCGAGGGCGGCACCAGCGGCUUCUCGCACGUGUCGCACAGCAGUGUGGCGCCUUCCAUCGCGCCGUUCAACCCUUCUGCGUCGGCGGCGUGGGCUGCACCAGAGUCUUGGGGCGUUGAAGCUGACGAGGUUGAGGAGGGGGAGGACACGAGCGAGUCGUCUGUCUCGAGCGAGUCGUACUGCACCGACGAAGACGAAGAGACGCCUGGUGCCACCGACAAUGCCGACGACGCCACUACCGAGUCGGCCCACUCCAAGCAUGUCCACCACCACCACAAACACCACCACCACCACCAUCACCACCACCGGUACGCAAAGGCGCCGCAUUCUGCAUCCGGCCAUGGUGGCCGGGCGGGUGCUGCCGACCUUGCCGAGAAGGCUUUGCACUACACGCGUAUUUAUCGUGCCGACGGGUCGUAUGAGAUCAUGCCCUUCCCGUUCAACACCACCGCCGCCGAGAUCAUCGCGGCAUUUGCCGGUGGUAGCGAGGGCAAAAAGGUGGCUACCAACAUGAAGCUCUACGUCCGAGAGCGAGGCCAGGACCGCCUGAUGCUGCCCAACGAACGGCCCUUGACGCUCCAAGCUCGCCGGCUGCAGCAGGCCGGAUACACCGAGGCCGAGCACAUUGAGGAGAUUGGCAAGGAAGACCUCAGCAUGCUGUGUCGGUUCAUCUACCAGACUCCCGUGCUGCCCGUCAUCAACCCCGAGGAGGAGAGCUCGUACGAGUCAUUCGAGUUUAUCGACCUUUCCGGCCGCGACCUCCAGACGAUCCCUAUUUUCCUGCAUCUCCACGCCGACAACAUUAUCAUUCUCAACGUGUCGCGCAACCCCAUGACGGAGAUUCCGCUCGAUUUCAUCCAGGCGUGCACGUCGCUCAAGGAGCUGCAAAUGUCCAACAUGGCCCUCAAGCGCGUCCCAGGCAGUAUCCGCGCGAGCACGACACUGUCGCGUCUUGACCUGUCGUGUAACCGUAUUUCGGACCUCGAAUCGGCCCACCUGCACGACAUCCAGACCCUCACGUCGCUCAAGGUGCAAAACAACCGUCUCAGCUCGAUCCCGUCGUAUUUCCUCCAGAUGCGCGCGCUCAAGUACCUGAACAUUUCAAACAAUACCUUUGAAAAGUUCCCGUCGGUGGUGUGUGAGAUGAGCAACCUUGUCGACCUCGACGUGUCGUUCAACCAGAUUGCCAAGCUCCCCUCGGAAAUGUCCGACCUCAAGUCGCUCGAGCGUCUCAUUUGCAUUGGUAACGAGCUCAAAGAGUUUCCCAAGUCGUUCAGUACCCUCGCCAACCUCCGUGUUCUCGACGUGCGUCGUAACAAGCUCGUGGACCUCACUCCCGUGUACGCCCUGCCCAGCCUCGAGACCCUCAAGGCCGACAGCAACGACCUCAUCACCCUCGACACGCAGCUCGGUGCCAAAGUGCGCGAUUUCAGUGUGGAGGAAAACUCCAUCACGCGCUUCACCCUCGCGCCCAUGCCGGGCAUGCCGGCGACCUAUUCGCUCACGCACCUCAACCUGUCACACGCCAAGCUGUCUGGUCUUGAAGAGUCGGCACUGAGCGAGCUGGUCAACCUGGUCGACCUCAACCUCAGCUUCAACCAGUUUACGCGCUUGCCCCAGACCCUCGACCGCCUGGUCAGCCUCGAGAGCUUUGCGUGCACGGACAACAUGCUCGCAGCCUUUCCCCUGGGGUGUCUCGGCAACAUGCCCAAGUUGCGCAUCUGCAACAUCCACAACAACAACCUCAAGGAUAUCCCCGCAGACGUGUGGCUGUGUAGCUCCAUCGAGGUCAUCAACCUCUCUUCCAACCUUCUCGAGCUUCUUCCCUCGCCACCCACGUCGUGGAUUGAGCAGGCCUCGCAGGCACAGGCUUCGCAGGCCUCGAGCGAGCCAGCACGCAAGUUUUCCACCGUGUCGGGGGUCUCGGCCAUUACCACUUCGUCGGACAAGUCGCGCCGCAUGCCACCUGCCGGUAUUGCGCUGCAACGGUUGUACCUCGGUGACAACCGCCUCACAGAGGACUUGUUCCACCAGAUUGCGCUGUGCCCCAACCUCCGCAUCCUCAAUGUCAGCUUCAACGACAUUGUCGAGGUUCCACCGUUCACGCUCAGCCGCUGCGACAAGCUCGAGCAGCUCUACCUGUCAGGCAACAAGCUCACGAGCUUGCCUGCCGAGGACCUCGAGCAGCUCCAGCACCUGCGCGUGCUGCACCUGAACGGCAACCGCCUGCAGACCCUUCCCUCGGAACUGGGCGCACUCAAAAACCUCGAGCACCUCGACGUCGGCUCCAAUGUGCUCAAGUACAACAUUGCCAACUGGCCGUACGACUGGAACUGGAACUGGAACACGGCCUUGCGGUACCUCAACUUGUCGGGCAACAAGCGUCUUGAGAUUAAGCCUACUAGCGGCCAGGAACUCGCUCACCCUGGAGCCAACGCUGCUGGCGCGUACCGCCGCGAGCUGUCCGACUUUACUGCGCUCACCCACCUGCGUGUCCUCGGUCUCAUGGACGUCACUCUGCGCAUCCCGUCACUGCCAGACGAGUCGGACGAGAAGCGUGUGCGUACGUCAUUCUCCAACCUCAACAACAUGGCGUACGGUAUCUCGGACAUGCUCGGCGCCAUCCCGCACUUGGCCAUGUUUGACCUUGCGGUCCCCAACUUCCGCGGCGCGUCGGACGAGUGCGUGUUUGGCAUGUUUGGUCGCGCUACGCCGUCGGUCCCCUCUGGCAAGAUUCCCAAGUUUAUCCAGGAAAAGUUUGCCCACGUCCUCUCGGACCAGAUCAAGGCGUUGCAGCCCGAGGAGGAGACGACCGAGGCACUCCGCCGCACGUUCCUGAUUGUCAACAAGCUCACCUACGAUGCGCUGUCGGGCCUCGAGAAACGCCGCCACGACUCGGACUCGAGCUACAUGUCUGUCAGCAGCGGGCGCCACUCCAAGACCGGCCAGGGGCUCCACUCGCAGCUCCGUACCGGUGCCUCGGGCGCCGUCGUGUAUCUAAAGGACAAGACGCUGCACGUUGCCAACGCGGGAGACACGCUUGUGGUUGUCUCGCGCAAGGGCGAGGCCGAGCUGCUUUCCAAGACACACGACCCCACGGACCGCGAGGAGACGGCGCGUAUCCGCCGUGCCGAGGCAUGGGUCUCGCCCAAGGGCUACGUCAACGACGACAAGGAGAUUGACAUUUCGCGCGCGUUUGGUUUCUACCAGGCGCUUCCGGCCGUCAAUGCCAGUCCCGAGGUGCGCACACGCACCCUCACCGAGUCGGACGAGUUUGUGGUCAUUGGCAACUCUGCGCUGUGGAAGUGCUGCUCCAUCCAGACCGCCGUCGACAUUGCGCGUACCGAGCGUGCCGACCCGAUGCUCGCUGCCCAAAAGCUGCGCGACUUUGCCAUUUCGUACGGCGCAGAGGGCAGCAUCAUGGUCAUGGUGGUCAACAUUUCCGACCUGUUCUCUGGCCGCGGCAUGGGCCGGUUUGGCGGUAUUGGCGGUGGCCUCGCGCCCGACAUGGGUGUGGAGGGCGACUAUCUCAAGCGCGCACAGCGUCGCCGUGUCGAGGAAGUCGGCGACCGUACCCUCAACCGUCUCCAGCAGGAGAUUGAGCCGCCUACGGGUCUCGUCGCGCUGGUCUUUACCGAUAUCGUCAACUCGACCGUCCUCUGGGAGACCAACCCCAGUAUGCCCACGGCUAUCAAGAUGCACCACAACCUGUUCCGUCGCCAACUGCGUCUCGACGGCGGCUACGAGGUCAAGACUGAAGGCGACGCGUUCAUGGUCGCGUUCUCGUCCGUCCCCGCCGCGCUCCUGUGGGCGUUCAACUGCCAGAUCGGCCUGUUGCAAGCCGAAUGGCCGCGCGAGCUCCUCGAGUCGGAAGACGGUAAAGUCGUGUACGACUCCAAGGGCAACAUUAUCCAGCGCGGUCUGCGUGUGCGCAUGGGUGUCCACUGGGGUGCCCCCGAGUGCGAGCGCGACCCCAUCACCCGCCGCAUGGACUACUAUGGCCCCAUGGUCAACCGAUCGGCGCGUAUCCAGUCGUCGGCCGACGGCGGACAACUCAUGGCGUCGCAGGAUGUCAUCAAUGAGAUUCGCGAGUUGCGCGAGUACAUUGAGAGUUCGGACGAGCACUCGCUCGACGAGCUCCCGCCAGAGGUCAAGCGCGAGGUCAUUGAGCUCCGCCGUAUUGGUGGUAUCGAGUUCAAGGACAUGGGCGAACGCAAGCUCAAGGGACUUGAAGUUCCCGAAAAGCUCACUCUGAUGUACCCCAAGACGCUGUCUGGCCGCCUCGAGCUGUUCACCGGUCUGCGCGCCAACGUCGAGGUCAACGAGGCGCGCACGUACGCGACCGAGCGACACAUCGAGGAAGCGCGCCAGCUGGCACUCAUCACCUUGCGUCUCGAGUCGCUGUGCGCCAUGCACCAUGGCCACGGCGCCAUGAGCACCGGCGGCGACCGCACGGGCUUUUCGUCGCCGGCCCACGCCCCGCCGCCGUCCGACCACGCGUCCGUCGCGUCGCGCAAGAGCAUCUCGCUCUCGGGCCCGCUCACGCCCAUGACGUUCCGCCUGCCGGCGCCCAACGCGCACCUGGGCCCGUCCAUCCGCGAAAACAUGACCGAGGACGAGCUCAUCGAGGUCCUCGCGUCACUGACGACGCGUAUCGAAAACAGCCUGUCGACGCUGUAUUUCAAGCACUUGGGCGGGUUUACCACCGCCCUGGCCGCGCUGGAACACGCGACGAGGAUCGACCCGCAGCUCAUCUUGCAUGCGCUCUCGCUCAUGGACGGCGCCAUGACGGCGCAGCUGUAA